UACUGCAGUAUCGUCGCUGUGUGUAGCUGGUGAGGGGGUGGAAAGCUUUCGCUGUGAGCGAAAUCUAAAAGCACCACAUCACUACGCGCUAAAGAAAACGGUCACACAGGCAGUAGCACACACGUCCAUGGACGAAUGUAGCCUAGUUGCGGGGGAAAUCGUAAAAAUGGCUUGUUAGCAGGUUUUUAUCAGACGGAAUAUUUAGAUUGAAACGGUUCUUUCUGAAAAAAGCAUUUUGCUGCUGUUGCGAUACUGAUUGACUUAAUUGAUAUUCUCUGGCACGUUUUGGAUUUAUUUUAAACUGCCAGUUUCAGGGAUUAGCCUGGCCUAACACCUGAAGACAACUGGAGUCUUACCCCCUCUAUAUAGGUCAGUAUGCAGUAGCCAAGGCUAUAGGCACACCCCCUUACGCUCUUCCAGUGUGGUUGAAUUACUGCCCUAUACGCGUGCUUUGGUUAUGCGGCACUCCACCGAAGACUCGACAGGCAAAAGCUCUGCGUUGAGACAAAUCAACGCAUAAAUAGAUUUAAACUGAACCCACACACUUUUUUUCUUAUCUCUUGAAUUUCUGUUGUCAUCGGACAAUAGACCCACUAGUUCGGUCCAUGCCCUUUGGGAAACCUGUUUUACCCUUAUCAUUAUUAUAUUAUAUAGUAGCCAACCCUACUCAGACCCUUCCCCCAUCUACUGUAUCUUCCGCCUGCUUCCAGCGUUGAUCUCGCCAUCACUAAAGCGGUCACAUUAAACUCAGCCUAAAAUGUCUGCCCCUGAUGCUGCUGCUGCCCCUGGCGCCGAUGGAGCUCCCGAACCUCCCCCCAACACCACCAGCAACCGGAGACUAAUGCAUACACAGAAACAAGUGGACGAGGUGGUGGACAUCAUGCGUGUGAAUGUGGACAAGGUGCUGGAGCGGGACCAGAAGCUGUCGGAGCUGGACGACCGGGCGGACGCACUCCAGGCAGGCGCCUCACAGUUCGAGAGCUGCGCUGCCAAGCUCAAGAACAAGUACUGGUGGAAGAACUGCAAGAUGAUGAUAAUCAUGGGAGUCAUUGGAGUCAUCCUGGUUGGAAUCAUCUGCAUGCACUUCUUCUCUUGAGCCAAAUCUUACGGUGGUGGAGGUGUGCAGAAUGAAAGGAUGACUUGUGAGAGUGAAGAAAAACAAACACCACAGCAAAAACACCAUUCCCUUCCUCCCUCCCCCUUUUCUCUCCUCCUCUUCUAUUCCUCCCUCCCUCCCUCCAUCUCUCUCUCUCUCUCUCUCUCUCUCUCUCUCUCUCUGUGACCCUUCUCUAACGCUCAUCCAUUAUUCAAACACUCUGCACAGGAGGGAGCUAAACAGAAAGAGAGAAAUAGAGAGAGAGAAAGAGGAAGGGCGGAAGUGAGAGAUGAAGUGAGAAGAGGGGUGAUGAAGAGAGAGGGAGGAGGGAACCACGUGGGCAUUAAAAAGGAGAGGGGAACUGGAGAGAGACUGAUUUACGGAGAAAGGAGAACAAAUAUUUUUAACAGUGUGGGGGGGAAAAUGGUGGUGGGGAAGAGUGUGAGAGUGUGAGUGUGCGUGCGAGAGUGUGAGUGUGAGUGUGAAAGAGUGUGAAAAUGAAUCUGUUUGAGGAGAAGCAAUGACUACUCUAGUCCUUCCUCCAGCAGGUUACAGAUAAAGACUGUCGGUCUGCUUUUGCUGGACAGCAAGAUUUCCUGACAUCCUAAUAGCAAAGCCAACACCCUUCCCAAUUCUCUCCAGCCUCCUGUCCCUAUGCUACUACUAAUAAUACUCUGCUUCUACUUAACCCUGAUACGCAAGGAGAAUGAGAAUCCCUUUAGUGUACAUGUGUGUGUCUGUCCUGUAACCUGUGAUCCAAACCUUUGUAGCUAGUAGCUGAUUUCUCCUGAUUAUUCGUCUUUUUAGUGUUUGUCCGCUCAGUGCUUCCGUUCUUUUCUCUCCUCUUCUCUACUCUCCUCUCCUCCUUCCUUUUUCCUCACACUCCGUUCUCUUCCGAGAGAAAGACAGUAGAGAGUUGGAGACAGAAAAGGGGUGUGAGAGGACAGAAAAGAACCCCAUGGAAGAAAGACAGAUACAAGAAUUACAAUAGCACAUGACAAGAGAUGAGUUCCAGGUCACUGUCAUUUCUUUUGACAAUUUUACUUUGCAAGUGUUUAGAUCAAGGCACACAGAUACAGGGUUGACAAUUUCAUCCAAACUGACACAAACGCACACACAGUUACACACUAUUCUGUCCUAAUGUACAGAUCUACAUUCCUACCAGCUUAACUGCUCCAGGGAGGGUACUGCCUACACUACCAAAUUUAAAUGUUCCUGAAGUCUGAUGUUUCUCCCAGUUACGAGCAAACUGCCAACGCCAGUUAAAGACUAGUUAAAUAAUGAAUAGCACAGGGCAAAAAAAUGUGCUGCAUUUUCUAAUGGAGAUGACACAAAGAUGAACACGCUCCUUCUACACACGUACACCGCCGGAAUGAAUGCGCACACAGUCACACUUACAGCUUUCUCUAGGCUCUAGGAGUACACCUGUGCAGCAGGUGACGUUUGCACAGCAGACAGAGCAGAUUGCGUGUUUACCUGUGUGCUACAUGUUUUCCCAACGGCGUGCGAGUCCGUGUGCACCAAUUUCUCCACUAUCCGGUGGCCUGUCUUCAAACUCUUGACUGCCUGUUAUAUAAUUUUAAAACUGUUCUCUGCCAUACAAGUAUUUUCUGUACAAUCUUGUGAAGCCAUUCAAGCUGCCAAAUUUUGUCAUAACUUAAUUUAAAACCAGAAUGUCUAAAAUGCUACUGAGAAGAGUGAGGGGAAAAAACAUAUUUAUACUGUGUGUUAGGCAGAUGCCAGAACUAGGGAUACAAAUGUUAACUUUAAGGAUACAAAUGUGUUUUUUAUUUUUAUUUUUGUAUUUUGUUUGGGGUUUGGUUCUGGUGUGAAAUGUUUCCUUUGUAAACAUUAAUAGAAGUCUGUGUUUGAAUUUCGUAUAUGACUGACUCAGUUCAGAUUGCGGCUCCAGGAUUUAAACAGUGAAUUGAUAAACACAUUAGGUAAUGGCCUUCCUACCCAGGACAAGUGCCAAUGCAUGUUGACUUGUUUAACACUUUUGCUAAUGCCAAUAAAUAAAUCAUCAACAUGAAA